UCCUUAUCACAACAAUAAUAUGCUUAUUUUCUACCAAAAGAAGAAAAAACGGAAGUUAAAAGAUCAUUAUGAUUAGCUUGGGAAGUGGCUUAACAAGUGAGAACCCAAUCUUUACCUUUAGCCAAUGAUUGAAAUACUAGUUACAUAUUGCUACCGUGCAUUUGAGUUUGAUAGAUAGAAGCUCUCACUCACUUCUUUUUAGCUCAUCAUCAUGGCCUCUUCUGAGAGUAGUAACACCGGUAAAAACAUGAACCUAGCUUCGGAUACUAAUCAUAGUGGUAGCAAAAACAAUGAAAAGAAGCGAUCAUCGUCGAUCGAUGAUGGCAAUAUUGUUGUAGAAAGACAAAGAAUAGAUUGCAAAUGCAGCAAGUCAGAGUGCAAGGAUAAGCGUUGUCUUUGCUACAGGUUUGGAGUUGGUUGCUCUCUUCGGUGUGGAUGUACGAGUUGCAAGAAUACGUACGGAAUCAAAGAAUCCUCUUCGGUCGCAAAGGAACAAGAACAUGCUAAUGAUCAAGAACGUGAUAAUAAUGAUGGCAAUAGGGGAUGCAAAUGCAAAAAGACUAAAUGCUUGCAGCUCUACUGUGAAUGCUUCAAAGCUGGAAAAUAUUGCAAAGAUUCUUGUUCUUGCGAAAAUUGCUUGAAUAGACCAGAGAAUAAGGACUCUGUGAAUGAGGCGAAGAAGAAAAUAGAGUUGCGUAAUCCACGGGCGUUUGAACCCAAGAUUACUGUUGUUGAUAAAGUAAAAAGACGCAGCAAAGGUUGCGACUGCGAAAAGAUUAAGUGCAUGGGAAAUAAUUGUGGUUGCUUCAGAUAUAAAGUUGGUUGCUCUCUUCAGUGUCGAUGUGCUAAUUGCAGAAAUCCACAUGGAACCAAAGACUCCUCUUCUGUCGCAAAGGAGCAAGAACGUGCUAAUAAUAAUGAUAAUAAUGGCAGCAACAACGAGGGAACAACAGUUAAUGGAUCAUCUCCUGAAUCUCAUCAUCCAGUUGUUGACGACAAUGGCUUAACUCAGGUUGGUCAUGCUUAGGGGAGAAAAAAUGAAAAAGAUAUGUUG